GUAGUCUUCGGGUAAACUUCGCCAUAUCGAGCGACUAGUAGUUUGUUAGUAGAUACACAUGUACGUAGUAGAAAGCAAGUCGCAGCCUCAUUGCCAUCAAACUGGGCAUGCUCCUUGCAUGUUCAGACUGCACGGUUGGCCAAGGCAUGAUUUGUCUUGGGCAGUUCAGGCAAACCGUUGUACCUGGGUUUCAGCAGAAACAAGGUCGUACACAGUUCUCGAAUGGCGGUGACGACUGUGACGGUUUGUUUGGCAAGGAAACUCCCAGUUUGUUGCCCAACCCCAUGGCUCUGAUCAUGGCUCGCGCAUGGGGAAUGUAGCCGGUGUUUCCUGGUAUCGACACGAGGCUGUUAGCUCUGGGGCCAGCGAGAUGGGGCCCCCUUUUUUUUUCUUUAGUAGGGCGAAAGAGACUUGACAAGAGGCCGCAAGAACGAGAUGAGGGAAAUACGCCUGGGCUACCGUCAUCUGAUCCGGAUAGCCAUGGCGAGCAAGCAUGAUGCCAGCUUGA